AUGUCGAUGGGUCUUACUCCUUUACAAGAGCAAAGUAGUCUUGAUCCUAGAUUACCAAAUGAAAACCAGGCUAGCGCCGUUUCGACAAGAUCUGUUGGCCAGAGUAGUGUCCAAAGUGGUCAAAAUUUCCAAGACUCAAAGAGUAUGUCGAUGGGUUUUACUCCAUUACAAGACCAAAGUAAUCCAAAUUCUAGAUUACUAAAUGCAGACCAAACUAGCACUAUUUCUCCAAGAUUUGUUCGACAGAGUAUACAAAGUGAUGAAAAUUACCAAGACCCUAAUAGUUUCCUAAUGGUUCCUCAUUUAUCACAAGACCAAAGAAGUUUUAAAUCUGAUUUAUCAACAAUAAUCCAUACCGGUCCCAUUACGUCAAGAUCCAUUGGGCAGAGUAUCCAAAGUGAUCAAAAUUACCAAUACCAAAAGAGUAUCUCAUCGGCUCUUUCUCCAUUACCAGAACAAAGUACUUCAGAUCCUAAAUUACUGAAUGUACACCAAACUAGCGCCGUUUCGACUAGAUCUGUUGGGCUCAGUGUCCAAAGUGGUCAAAAUUACCAAGACUCAAAGAGUUUGUCAGUGGAUCCUACUCCAUUACAACAGCAAAGUAUUCCAAGUUCAAGAUUACUAAAUGCAGAUCAGACGAGUGCCAGUACUCCAAGAUCCGUUGGGCAGAGUAUCCAAAGUGGUCAACAUCACCAAAACCAAAAGAGUAUCUCAUCGGCUCUUUCUCCAUUGCAAGAGCAGAGUAGUCCAGAUCCUAAAUUACUCAAUGCAGACCAGACCAGCGCCAUUUCUCCAAGAUCUAUGGGGCAGAGUAUCCAAAGUAGUCAAAAUAACCAAGACCCAAAAAGUUUCUCAUUGGCCCUUUCUCCAUUACAAGAAAAUAGUCUAGUAAUAGAAUCACAAGGUGACCGUGGUCUUAAAGUUUUACUGUCAAGUGCUAAUAAGACCGGCUCCUUUUUUCUAAAAUACAUAGACCGGAGUACUCAAAUCGAUGAACGUGACUUUGCCCUAUUAAGUUCUCCUUCGGUUCGUCCAUUACAAUACCAAGUUGGUCCAAAACCAAACUUGGAUUACGAUACCUACAUUCCUCCAGGAUCCAUUGGUCGUUUCCACCAAGGCCCAAAAGCUCAAAGCACUCCAAUACCUGGAUAUGUAAAUCAGUACAGAUUUAUUCCUCCAGAGCUCUUUAGCAAAAGAUCUGAACAUUUUAAAUAUACAUUACCUGCUCACGACAAUGUUGAAGGUUUUGGCCUCACUCAAGUGCCUUACGGGCAACUUGUGCGUAUUGCUCCGGGAAACGCUAGGUUUAUUCCAAGUGCUGUACCACGAGAUUCAAAAUCUUUCCCGCCAUUAGCAUUCGGUUCAUCUGGUAAAAUUGGUCAUCCACCGUACAUGUCUGCGAAUCUUUAUGAAGGAAAUAUUGUUCCAAUUGCUCCGUUUAAGCAAUUUAUCAAUGACCCUUUGGGACCUGUUUAUUAUCGUGGACAUUACGUAACUCCAGCAUACACGGUACCUGUUACUUCCACACCGUUAACAUCUUCACCCAUAGAAUUCACAGUGAGUGCACCCUGCUCACCAGUUCCACAACAGCCGUCUCUGGGGUCAUUAUCAGUUAGAAAAGUAAACCAAGAAUUUGAUGAAUAUAUCCAUCAGUGGGUACAACAAAUACCUAUACCAGUUAAAUCACUAAAAGAACAGCAGGACGCAGAAAAAGCUAGAUUAGACCUUUACAACGGUGUGUGGAAAGUGGUGACGAAAAUGGAAAUAGAUCCCAAAAUUUAUAACCAUCCUCAUUUCUACCAAGAUGUUUUUGAUGAAGAGCUGGAAGACUUAAUGAAGAGUCUCCCAAGAUCAAGGGAGUUAGAAGAUGUAAAACCUACGAUAAGAGCGCAGUUGUUUCAAAAAUGUUUAGUUAUGAUUGAACAUAUGAAGUCAUCUACAGCACCAUCAUCUUACAAACAGCAAGUAUUACAGUGUAUCGAGAAUAACUUACCGAAAAAUAAGCAUACUGGAAAUAAAGAAGAAAAAGACAAAGAAGAACUAGACAAACAGAACUUAGCAGAUUACUAUAUACUCACGAGAUUUAAAGACGAAGACAACAUAAAAGCAAAUGUUCAUAAAAAUACCUUCAUAAAGAAGCUCAAUGAAUUCCUUGAGAAUGUUAAAACGAGAUACACUAUUGCUGACAUGGAUACAAAUGUAUAUGCAAUUGAAAUUAUUAGUGACUUGGAUAAAAUUCCUACUCCCACCCCUCUUGCUAUAAGAGACGAAGCAGAUGAAAUAUUACUUGGAAUGGAAGUGGAUAACUGGAUUUGUGAUCUUCCUCAAAAUCCUAGUUCCGCCGGACCGUUAGAAAAAAGAACAGUUAGAGAAACAAUAGUAAAAAAAAUAAAUGAAUUAGGAGAAAAUCAGAAUUAUAAUAUCGAUUCAGCUUUUGUGUGUCCAUUAAAGACUGAAAUGCCAAAAUAUUUGGAAAAAAUACCGCUGAAACAAGGGACCAAUGUGGAUUAUAUGGUAGAUGAACUUGCAAAUCGAAUCAAGAAUUUACCCAAAUUUUCACGUCCUAAAUCAGUAUCGUUUGAAGAGCCACGAAAUUAUGCUGAAUUUAGCCGAAAUAUGCCUGCUUCCUCUAGUCUACAUGAAACACCUCAACAAGAUGGAUCAUAUUAUGUUGUCGGCGAUAAUAGUGUACCAAACGGCAGGCCAAGAAGUUGGACAAGUCAAAAUCCAACAGUAUCUCAAGAUUCACAAUGGCUUUCUUUGCAGGAAACUCAAGUGCCAACAGAAUUGCGAUAUCUUCCAGGAGGACCUCAAAAUAUGUCGCAACCUAAUGUCCAAAAUGUAUCAGAGCAAAUGUCGGGAUCGGCACGUUAUACCAGUAAUGCUUAUGGACCUCCUAACGCGCAAUCAACCCCAUAUAUUCAAGGUCAACAUAACCCAAACCUGCAAGGACCAUUUUCACCGAUUUCCCCAGAACAGUUUUCGCAAAUACCUUGCCGUUUUACAGAAAUGGGUGAAAUACAAUUUUGUCGUAACUCUGACACUCCUUCAGAUCCACGUUUGCAAGGUCAAAUCUGUUGUGAAGAUCAAACUUGUCCGUUUUCACAAUAUGCUGCGCAGGAGAUAAGUAACGAGGCGCCAUAUGCGCCAGGUUUUGUUUAUGCUCAACAUAGCCCAUAUAGUCAAGACCCAAACUCUGGCAAUGCUUAUGGCUCAGGUAGAACCAAUAUAACGCCUCAAGGAGCUUAUGGACAAGGAAUUAUAAAAUCGUACGGCCAAGGUUUUGACCCAACGACCACACCGUAUUGUCACAUGCCACAAAAUAUACAGAACGACUCAAUACCACGUUACCCAGUUAUAGUCCCUCCGAGAGCUUAUGCUGAUGUGUUCCCACAAAAUAAUUAUGUGGCAGGCGCUAAGAAGUACACACCUCCUUCAGGCUAUUUCCCUCAAGAAAUUUGUGGUCAAAACUUACCACCAAAUAUAAUACAUCUUCAAAGUACAAGUCAGCAAAGUCCCGAUUUAGCAGGACCUCCCGGCCAAGCAUUCCCUCAAGGAUUCAAUGCAGGUAAUCCGGCGGGUCAAGGGCCUAAUCAUAUUGGUCAGAGUUACGCAAAUGCCCAAGGGGGUUCUGUUCCCCCAGGUCAAUCCUCACAGUAUGGUCAAGGCCAAAGUUUAGGCCAAAACGCACCUGGCAACGUUCAGUCUACUCACAGUCAAAGUCAAGUUCUAAAUAAGUCAUCACCCGUCGCAGGUCAAAGCCCUGCUCAAGUAUCGCCAAGUGGACAGGGUAGUUCAGUAAGACCCGGAGCCAGUGGUCACGAAUCACAAAAUUCUCAAAACACAUCUAGCAACAUUCAGUCUAGUCAAAGUCCAGGCCAAAAUAAGCCAUCACACAACGCCGGCCAAAGCCCUACUCAAGUAUCGCCCGGAGGCAGUGGCCACGUAUCACUAAAUGUUCAAAACUCACCUGGCAACAUUCAGUCUAGUCCUUCUACUAGGACUUCAAAAAGUGAAAGUCUCGUCCAAAGUAAGUCAUCUCAUGAAGAAGGCCAAGGCCCUUUACAAGCAUCGCCAAAUAAACAGGGCAGUGGUCAAGAUUCACUUAACGUUCAAAACGCAUCUAGCAAAGUUUCGUCUUCUCAAGAUCCAAAUGCAACGCCCCUUAAAAGUGGCGAAGAUACUCUAGAACAACAAAAUCAAAGUACUGGUCAAAGCGAGCAAAAUCAAAAUCCAGAUCAAUCUGAACAAAAUACAGAUGAAUCUGGAGCAAUCAAACCAAGUACCCGAGACGAUUCCACGCAGGCCGGUCAACUUGUUCCAUUUAAUGGUAGUAAAAUCUUAACACAUCAAAGGCCUAGUGCUUCCGGUGGAAGACAAUCAAGUGGAAAUUCGUCAAAAUUAAACCAGACGGCACAAAGUUCUGGACCCAUAUCUGCCGCUAGCCAAGUCCCUGAUAUGCAGGGAACGCCUGACGAUCCCUUUAGAAUACUUGGCGUAAAUCAGGACCCUGCACACUGCCGUGGCAAUGUUUGUUCUGGGCCUCAGACCUAUUCUGAAUUAUUCAGCCCUAGCACUGCGCCACAAUCCUUGCAAAGUACUGGUGGUCAGCAAUCGUUGACAUCAGGAAAGACCUUGGAUCAUACUUGCAUAAGAGAUUCAAUUGAAGAAAAUAACUGCCGACAACCCUUCUGCUCCAAAAUACCUUGUCUUUUCCCUCACCGUCCGAUGUGUCCUGCACAACAUCGAGGGAGACACAGGCCGAGACAGUCUCGAGACCAAAGAGUGUUCCAGGGUGAGCAGCCCGCGCGGUUGACAGAAGUGGAUGAGACAGACACAAGUACAGAUAGAGAGAGGGACAUGUGUAGGUGUAUUAGGAGAGGCAGAAGAAGUAGAUGUCGCAGACAACCCGAUGAAUUUUCCAUGGAAUAUCCCCCCUGCGUUCCUAUGCGUUAUCAGUGUUACUAUUAA